GUAGCUUGUCCCGAAAUAAUCUCAUCAAGAAAAAUCUUUAGCCUGUUGGUUGCCCGCUGUGUACUGUCUGAGCCCGAAGGUUUUGGCGGUCCUAUUUGAUUCAGCGCUUGGAAAACUUCUACCGCUCGAAAUGGCUCAAGCAGGGUGGCAUUCGUUUCUUCCGAAAAUGAUUUAACCUUAGUAAAAAAAUAAUUAUUAUAUGAAUGAAAUUAAAAAAUCACACAUCAUACGUUACCAUGAUGCGACUGUUACACUUGCAGAGAAGAGAGCGAGAAAAAUGUGAAACUAAACGACAUGGCUCUUUGUCACACUAUCCUCCACCUCCACAAACCAUAAACGUACACCAACAUGUUCUCUAUAUUUACCACAAGAGUUGCGCAGCCAAUAAGUAGAACACCUCUUUAAUUGUCUCUUCAAAUAAAGCCAACAAUGGAGAACCAGCAGCAACUUCCGACGGAGUUGUAUUGGGGUACUCCUCACGAGGUUUGCCAGAUAGAAGGAUUCUGGUACAUGGCCGGUUUUAUGGAAGCCACGACCGCCUUCAGGUCAAAAUUCGAGCCGAGGAAGGACGACAUUCUCUUGACAUCUUUCACGAAAACAGGAACAACCUGGCUCAAGGCUCUCUGCUACAACAUCCUCGACGAGGAAGAGAAUGACAUUCUGGCGAAGGAGAACCCCCACGAUGUGGUCCCCACGCUCGACAGCACUUUCCUCCAAGACCAAGUGCAGCAUCUGCUGCUGAAUUCCCCUCCGGGGCGCAGCAGAUUGCUCCACACCCAUCUCCCCUGCAGUUACCUGCCGGAGAAGGUGAGGAGCACGCCGGGGUCCAAGCUCGUGUAUGUGGCCCGGAACCCCAAGGACACGUUGGUGUCGCUGUGGCAUUUCCUCAACAAGAACCUGAAAGCCGACCCGUUCCCGCUGGAGAGAGCGGUGGAGACCUUCUGCCGGGGGGUUAUGCCUUUUGGGCCUUUUUACGAGCACGUGGUGGGAUACUGGGAAGAGAGCAAGAAGCGGCCCAAUGAGGUGUUGUUUCUCAAGUACGAGGACAUGUGCAGAAACCCGAGAGAGCAAGUGAGGAAUCUGGCCUCGUUUCUCGGUCGGGAAGCGAAUAUAGAUGUGGAGAAGGUACUGUGGCGGAGCAGUCUGAACAGACUUAAGGAGUUGAAGGUCAACAAGGAUGACGAUAUUAAGGAAGGACAACAUGUUCACCCCUCCGCCUUUUUCAGGACGGGAACGGUUGGGGAUUGGAAGAACUACUUGACUCCCGACAUGGUUCAACGUAUUGAUCAGCUCACACAGGUUAAGCUGCAGGGGACUGGGCUUUCUUUUGAUGACCAGUAGUUCUGUAUAAAGUUUUAUUUAGUUUGAUGUCAUAAACCAACUGGUCCUAAAUAACUCUAGUCAUUGGGAGAGGUCCAUGUAUGAAUUUGUAUAAGUUGUUUGAGUUCAAGCAUGUAACGGGUGAAUUUCCUCUACACUAGUAAUAGCUAGAAUGGUAGAAGUACUAUUCAUAACUAUAUGGAUUGUAUAUUAACCACACAAGAGCUUUAUCAUAUUAUAUAUGUAAUUUAUGAUUGCAUUUACCAUCGUAGGUAGUGCUUGAAAGUUGUAACCACUAUAAAAUACGGUGGCUAAUUCCAAACCAGGUCUGUCCUAAGACCACUCACUGUGUGGGUUGGUAAAAUGAGAAAAAUGGGAAAUGUUCCUGCAGUGUAGCUGGGAAAGGGGAAAAAUAGAAAAAGUGGGAAAAAUGGGUGGGAAUACCCAUCACUAGCGGACAAAUGAUGGGAAAGGGAGGAGGGAGGGUCACACUGUCGUGCCCGCAUAUAAUUUUCUCAUUAGUUUUUUUUUAUUUUUUUGUUCUAAGUUAUUUGUUUUAAUGAUUUUCUUUUAUUGUGAGGUGUUUUGAUUGGUUUUAUCAGCAACGGACAAAAUCAAUGACGUUAUAUUUA